AUCCCCACAUGCUCCAAUCGCCAUGAUAUCACACGGUUUCCUAAUCUCAACAACUCUUACGACCACCUUCCGCGUUUCCUUUCUCUUGGACACUAGUGCUUUCUUUUCUCGCAGCUGUUCCCCUCUGCUUUUCUUAGGAUUAUUAUUAUAAACACUUCCAGUUCGCUUUCCUCUUUCCCUCAACUUUGUCUUCACGAAAACCCUCAACCAGUUUCUACCAUCUUCUUCUUUUUGCUGGGAGUUUCAGAUCAGAACUGCAAACAAGACAAAUUGAGCGACAGAGAGAGAGAGAGAGAUGGGAUCUGGAACUGGGAACUUCCUCAAGGUUAUCGCUAGGAACUUCGACGUUCUCGCUGGGCCUGUGGUUAGUCUUGCAUAUCCUCUGUACGCCUCAAUUAGGGCAAUCGAGACCAAAUCUCCUGAAGAUGAUCGGCAAUGGCUUACUUACUGGAUCCUGUACUCUAUGAUCACCCUUUUAGAGCUAACUUUUGCCAAGCUCAUUGAAUGGAUUCCAUUCUGGUCAUAUGCAAAGCUAAUUGCAACUUGUUGGUUGGUCCUACCAUACUUCAGUGGUGCCACGUAUGUUUAUGAGCAUUAUGUAAGACCUUUCUACAUGAACCCACAGCAGACUGUUAACAUCUGGUAUGUUCCAAGGAAGAAGGACAUCUUCAGCAAGCCAGAUGACAUUCUAACUGCAGCCGAGAAAUACAUUGAAGAAAAUGGUCCAGAAGCAUUCGAGAGCCUCAUCAGCAAGGCUGACAGGGAAACAAGGUCCAGGAGCAGCCAUUACACGUCCAGGAGCAGCAAUCACACAUUUUUCGAGGAUGAGUACAGAUACUGAGAUUGGUCGCGCUAUGUUUUUCCGGCUGACCUGUUAGGUUGUACGAAAUGUGUUCCACUGUGCUAGUAGCAUCUUUGUUGUUGAAACUUUGUUUUGCUAGUAGAAUCUUUGUUGUUGAAGCUUUGUUUUGCUGUAUGGUUGUCAGCUUGGUUUUUAGGUUUCAGAAAGUUAUCUUCGCGUGUUAUGGUGUGUAAUUAUCUGUCACUUGUGCCUUUUUAGUUUUCCCUUAUGAAUUGUUAAAUACUUUUCGGUUUUCCAUUA